CCCCCAUUUAACAGUGACUCACUGAGUUUAUAUAGCAAAAUCAAUGUCCAUUUCACCCAAAUUCACGAAAAUUCACCAUCGCCAAAUUCUCCAUUCGUUGGGAUCUUCUUCACUCAAUCAGCUUCAAAGGGCUCUUCCCGAAAUUACCCCUCGCGCGAUUCGUGUUCCAAGCAGAGGAUCAUCGAUAAGGCCCAUCUCUUCAUCCGCUGUAGCUGCAUCAAACAUGGUUAAAGCUAUACGCGUCCACGAACUCGGCGGCCCCGAGGUCCUGAAAUGGGAGGAUGUCGAAAUCGGAGAGCCGAAGGAUGGAGAGAUCAGAGUGAAAAAUAAGGCGAUUGGCUUGAACUUCAUUGAUGUUUAUUUUCGGAAAGGGGUUUACAAGGCUUCGACUAUGCCCUUCACACCAGGUAUGGAGGCUGUAGGUGUGGUAACUGCUGUAGGUCCUGGACUUACUGGACGAAAAGUUGGAGAUCUCGUUGCUUAUGCUGGUACACCGAUGGGUGCAUAUGCAGAGGAGCAAAUCCUUCCCGCCGAAAAAGUUAUUCCUGUACCUCCUUCUAUCGAUCCCGUUAUAGCAGCAUCCAUCAUACUCAAGGGAAUGACUGCUCAGUUUCUAGUUCGACAAUGCUUCAAAGUUGAACCAGGACACACUGUUCUUAUCCAUGCAGCAGCUGGUGGAGUAGGGUCUUUACUUUGCCAAUGGGCAAAUGCACUUGGUGCCACCGUUAUCGGAACUGUCUCAACAAACGAGAAGGCAGCUCAAGCCAAAGAAGACGGGUGUCACCAUGUUAUACUGUACAAGGAGGAAGAUUUCGUUACACGCGUAAAUGAAAUAACAUCUGGUAACGGAGUCGAAGUUGUCUAUGAUUCUGUCGGAAAGGACACUUUUGAGGUAAUGGUAUACACGAUGGGUUUCAUGUGGUGAUUUCUUGAUUGUAGACU